AUGCGGGAGAAUACGCUGGUCGAGCAGAGUCGCGGCGGGCGGGGACGCCGCCGUGGGCGGGGCCGUGGCGUUCCGCCGGCUUCUGGGGCGCGUCAGCGUGACCAUGAUUCGUCGGGCAGCGAUACUGCUGCGGCCCCGGUUCCAGACCACGCCCAGGUGCCGGAUCGACAGCCGGUUUCCCUUCCCGACUUCCCUCGCGCUGCUUGGCAGUGGCUUGACGGCCUUGAUCUCCUCGCUGAGCUCCGUCGCCAAGUGCCCACCCUGCACACCGUGCCCCGUUUUCUCGCCGCGGGAGUCCGCCAUGCGCUUGUUUCCGCGCUUCAGGCGAUUCGGGUGGCGCAUGAGGGCCGCGACGACGUCGCGUGUGUGCGGGCGUGGAAGCUCUUCUUGCUUUUGCCGCGCUUGCUCCUUGCCCGUUGCGUCGAGACGGGUGGAGAAGGUCGGGCCGUUCUACUCCGCCGGGUGCAACUCUUUCGGGAAGGUCGUUGGGACAGCCUGCAUGGCCAGCUCGGCGCAGUGCCCUCCCGCACGCGGCAGCCCACAACCCCGGAUGCCUCGGAGGCUCGCGCAGCUGCGGCCUGUGCCCGGGUCCGGCGAGGGGAGCUCUCCCGAGCGCGCCAGGUCCUCACUGCGGCCGCGUUGGCGCCCGGGGACGAAGCCACGCUCCGAGCACUCACCGACCCUUCCAGACGGCCGCCGCAGCCGCUGCGACCGGUCCCGCAGCACGUGAUGAACCAUCACCCUGCGGAGGAGGUCGCGCUCUCCAAGCAACAAGUCGCCGACGCGCUUCGCACCUCCAAGCGCGGGUCAGCUGCUGGCCUGUCGGGCGCCACUGUCGAGUUCUACAAGUUGCUCCUCGACGAUGAGGGUGCCUUAGAGGCCUUCACAUUCGUGGUCAAUGUCGCAGCUCGCGCGCAGGCUCCUCCGGUUGCGUUGGACGCCCUGGCCUUGUCGCGCCUCACCGCCCUUCGCAAGCCACAGGGAGGGGUCAGAGGCAUUGCCACCGGAGAUGUCUUCCGUCGCCUCGUCUCUCGUGCUUUGGCGCGCGCGUAUGCCGGGGAGCUCGACGAAGCAACGCGCCCGUUUCAGUUCGCGUUGCGGACCCGUGCAGGCACGGAUAGCCUGGCUGCCAUGCUGCGCUCUGCGGUGGAGUUCGACCCGCGGGCGACCGUCGUCUCCCUCGACGGCAGGAGUGCGUAUGAUACUAUCAGCCGGGCGGCAAUCCUAUCAAAGCUCAGCGAGGUGGUGCCGGCACUUUUGCCCUUCGCCCGAGCCAUUUAUGCACGCACGUCCACUUUUCUGUGGUGGGACGAUGAGGGGACCCUCCACGAAAUCUCCCAAGCGGAGGGGAUUGAGCAGGGAGAUCCCCUCGCGCCAGGCCUGUAUGCGUUAGGCCAGCACGAGUCGCUCGUGGCUGCGGCUGCUCGCCUCGCACAGGGCGAGCGCCUGUUGGCGUUUCUCGACGAUCUUUACGUCGUGACUACGCCGGAGCGAUCUGGGCACCUGGGAGGUGUCGUUGCAGGUGAGGUUGAGCGCGGCGCGGGCGUCGCAGCCAACCUCGGCAAGACACAAAUAUACAACGCUCAGGGAGGCGCAGCGCCGCCGGACGUUGCCGCCUUAGGCCCGGACGUCUGGCGGGGUGAUUUGCCGCCCGAACAGCGUGGGUUCGUCGCACUCGGCGUCCCGAUCGGCCACCCGGACUUCGUUGCGUCCCAGGCCGAAGAGCGCCUGCGCGCCGAGGCCGAGUUGCUGCGGCGAUUGCCGCUCCUGCCGGACCUCCGUCUACUGCGCGUCGCCCCGGGCGCAGCAUUUGCUCCGCAACGUCCCGCCCGACCACAUCCUCCCUUAUGCCCGGGCCCACGAUGA